AUGUCUAUUGUGUACUUAAAUGAAGUGCUCAGAAUUUUAGAGGGUUCAAAACCUCUUCAAAAAACAGCUGUUGGAGUUGCUAAGCAAACUGGAUGUGCUGCAGCAGGUACGGCUGCUGGAGGACUUCUGAUGGGUCCACUUGGAGCGUUGAUCGGAGGCGUUGUUGGAGCUUUGUACGGAUAUCAGAACAGUACUGAUUAUGACAAUGUCAUUACCUCAAUUCGUUCAAUGAACGACAGAGAGAAGAGACUUGUUAGUACACAGAUCCAACGCCUCGUAGGAUCUGCAUCUAUUGAGGAGUUUAUGCGAUACAUAGCGACAGAAGCUCAUCGGGAGCUUUUAAUCGAUGUUCAGCUCCUGUCGGAACCGGGCGAAGUACGAUUCUUCACCGAGAUGGAGGAUGUCGGACUUCGAAAGGGAGCACCUCCCAAUGACCAUGUACACCUUCCCUCAGAUGAUGAGGAGGCCAGUGGACAUGGCUGUUGA